AUGAGCUUGACUUUGCGUGCGCAGAACAAGGUGUUUGGCGGCCUCCUGACCAAGUACGCAUUCACCUCCGAGGCGCUUGGUGGCCUGAGCGCCAACAUGAAUGUGUAUGUGCCGCCCCAGGCGAGCAACGGCGCGAAGGUGCCCGUCCUGUACUACCUCUCGGGCCUCACGUGCACGGAGGACAACGCCGCACAGAAAGGCCAUCUGUUCGGUGCGGCGGCUGACGAGGGUCUCGCGAUCGUGUUCCCGGAUACAAGCCCACGUGGCGCCAACCUCCCCGGAGAGGAUGACAAUUGGGACUUUGGCACAGGCGCAGGUUUUUACGUGAAUGCGACGAAGGCGCCUUGGAGCCGGCACUAUCGCAUGUACGACCAUGUGCUCCGCGAAAUUCCCGCUGUCAUCGAGCGCGAGGGCCUUCCCAUCGACACAUCGCGUGCCUCGAUUCUCGGUCACUCGAUGGGCGGCCACGGCGCACUCAUGCUGUACCUGCGUGAGCCCGGCACCUUCCGUGCGGCGUCGGCCUUCUCGCCCAUGUCGCACCCGACCAACUCGUCGCUGGGCCAGAAGCUUAUCAACGGCUACCUCGAGGGCGGCAUCGAGGAGGGCAAGGCAUACGAUGCGGCCGAGCUGUUGAGCCAGGUCGAUAGCUCGCGUGACGUGCACAUCCUUGUCGACUGCGGCCUCAACGACGGCUUCUACAAGGACAAGGAGCUGCAGCCCGAGUCACUUACCGAGGCUGCGAAACGCAGCGGCAUCGACGCCGAGCGCGUCCAGGUGCGCCUGCACGAAGGCUACGACCACAGCUACUUUUUUGUCAGUACCUUUGCGGCCGAGCAUGUGCACUGGCACGCGCAGUUCCUCCGCGCAUAA